UAAUAUUUCUAACAUUUGGUUAUUUGGUGUAUACAAAUUGUAGGCUGUGUGUGUUGCUCGUGUGGAUUACAAAUAACGUGCUUGUGUAGUUUUGCUUUAUUUACAGCUGUUUCAGCGGUGAAGUGAUGCAGAAAUCUCAUCUUUAGUGCUUUUUAAGCCCCAUGAACACAUCCGAGGAAGCCUUGCAGGCCCGCGUGAAGGCGCUGGAGGAGGAAGUGGAGCGACUGAAGGCUCAGCUGAGAGGAAAGAGCGAUGGAGAGCAGAGCGCCAAGGGGACGAUGCUGGCCUCGAAGGCCCAGGAGGACAGAAGGAGCAGUAAGAAAGGGAAGAGGGCGUUCGACUUUUCCGCACACCCGCGGCGCCACGUUGCGCUGCGCCUAGCGUACCUGGGCUGGCAGUACCAGGGAUUCGCUGUGCAGGAGAACACGGACAACACGGUGGAGGCGCGAGUGUUUGAGGCUCUGCUGAAAACAAAGCUGAUCCAGGACAGGCAGAGCUCCAAUUACCACCGCUGCGGCCGCACGGAUAAAGGAGUCAGCGCUUUCUCACAGGUCAUAUCCAUUGACCUGCGCUCGAGUCAGUUCAGUGGUUUGGGUGUGACCGUUCCUGCUGGGGUCGAACCUAAAGCCGGCAGUGGAGCUGCGACGGCCGAGUUGCCUUACAUAAAGAUGCUGAACAGAGUCCUUCCUCCAGACAUCCGGGCUCUCAGCUGGUCUCCGGCGCCCAGCGGCUUCAGCGCACGCUUCGACUGCCAGUCCCGAACCUACCGGUACUACUUUCCCCGUGGGAACCUGGACGUAGAACUCAUGGCUGAAGCAGCCAAACGAUAUGAAGGCACGCAUGACUUCAGGAACUUGUGUAAGAUGGACGUUGGUAACGGAGUUCUGCAGUUCCAGAGGACGAUCGCGUCGGCUAGCGUGCGGCCGUGCGAACCCGAUCACCCCUCACCCACCGACCCUCAGCGCCUUUACGUGUUCGAGGUCAAAGGUCUCGCCUUCCUGUACCACCAGGUUCGUUGCAUGAUGGCCGUUCUGCUUCUGAUUGGCCAGAAGCUGGAAGCACAAGAGAUCAUCAGUCAGCUACUGGAUGUUGCGAACAAUCCCAGGAAGCCUCAGUACAGCAUGGCAGUGGAUUACCCACUGGUGUUGUACGAGUGCCAUUUCGACGGCCUGAGUUGGAUUAGCGAGCCUGAAGAGGAGAGCCACGUGCUCGGCUCUCUUCUCCAACACUGGACUCAGACUGCGGUCAAAGCUCAGGUGCUGCACAGCAUGAUCCACGGCCUGCAGAGCACAGACACUGAUGAAGCACAGAUUAUGCAGUGUUGCCUCAUGGAAGGAUCCAGACAGCGCAACUAUCGCCCCUUGCUGGAGCGGCCGUGCUGCGAGAGUCUGGAAUCGCGGAUCCAGCACUUUGUGAAGAGAGGACGACUCGAGCGGGAGGAAGGAGAGAGCGGAGAGGAGGGCAGCACCGUCUUCAGGGGCAAGAGGUCGAAACGUUCGCAUCAAGCAAGCUCCACAAAUCAAGAAGAAGCAGAAGAGAACCUCCCGAGCCAACAGAACAUUCAUUUACAUCUCUCGUAAUAACCAUUUAUCAAAUUUAUUUUUAAGGCGCACACAUGAUGAAAAAUAAGACGAUCGGUCUCUCUCUUGUGUUCAUCGCACCUUUUGUUACAAGGCUUCGAAACCCAGAAGUCGUUGAGGCGGUGCUUAAGUUCAAUCCAAUCAGCCAAUCACACACUUGAUUGUAGUGGGUUCUUCCCACUUCUUCAACUUGAUGACUUGAAAUCAUUUACUAUUCUAGAUCAGCAACAUCUUAUGAAGGCAUAACUGUGCUAAUGAUAGCCAGCUAGCAGGUUGGUUAGCUAGCUAACUAAUGUUUUCUCUCCAGCAGUUUCGGUUAAGUAGCUAGCUCACUAAGAAAGCUAGCUAAGGUUAGGUGAACUUGUAUUGCAUAAUAAAAAAUGCCUGCUCUGGAGGAUCAGGACAUAUUAUUGACCUAUUGCUUAUUUUUUGAAAAAAAAUUAUUUUUUUUAAUUGUGUAUUUACUUUUAAGGAUUUAUUUGUACAUUUCUUAAUAACAUCAUUUUCAGCUGUGUGUAUUUUCAGUUGGAUUAAAAUGUUUUGAACUGA